AUGCGGCGGGGCGCGCUCCUGGCGGGCGCCCUGGCAGCAUACAUCGCGUACCUGGUGCUGGGCGCGCUGCUGGUGGCCCGGCUGGAGGGGCCGCACGAAACCCGCCUCCGAGCCGAGCUGCGGAUGCUGCGCCAGCAGCUGCUGCGGCGCAGCCCGUGUGUGGCCGCCCCUGCCCUGGACGCCUUCGUGGAGCGGGUGCUGGCGGCCGGACGGCUGGGGCGCGCCGCGCUCGCCAAUGCCUCCGGGUCUGCCAACGCCUCGGACCCCACCUGGGACUUCGCCUCGGCUCUGUUCUUCGCCAGCACGCUGGUCACCACCGUGGGCUAUGGGUACACGACGCCACUGACCGACGGGGGCAAGGCCUUCUCCAUCGCCUUUGCGCUCCUGGGCGUCCCAGCCACCAUGCUGCUGCUGACCGCCUCUGCCCAGCGCCUGUCACUGCUGCUCACCCACACGCCCCUGUCCUGGGUGAGCCAGCACUGGGGCUGUGCCCCCCGGAAGGCAGCCCGCUGGCACCUGGCCAUCCUGCUGGGGGUCGUGGUGACCGUCUGCUUCCUGGUGCCAGCCGCCAUCUUUGCCCACCUUGAGGAAGCCUGGAGCUUCCUGGACGCCUUCUACUUCUGCUUCAUCUCUCUGUCCACCAUCGGCCUGGGUGAUUACGUGCCGGGAGAAGCCCCCGGCCAGCCCUACCGGGCUGUCUACAAGUUGUUAGUCACAGUCUACCUCUUCCUGGGCCUGGUCGCCAUGGUGCUCUUGGUACAGACUUUCCGCCGUGUGUCUGACCUUCACGGCCUCACAGAGCUCAUCCUGCUGCCCACUCCAUGCCCCACCAGCUUCACGGAGGAAGAUGACCGGGUGGACAUCCUGAGCCCUGAGCCUGAGCCACACCAGCAGCUCACAGCCGGCUCGCACGUGGACUACGCCUCCAUCCCCAGGUAGCUGGGGCAAGUGUCGGGGCAGCUGCAGACCAGGCCCGUGGCUGAGGGGCGCUCGGGACUGGAACCGAUGGACUGGCCUAUUUACAAGCACACGCUGGUGUUCCUGAGGCCCUGCCUCCACUGUCUGCCCUUUGUCUGGCCAGCCUGAGCGCCGCCUGGAUCCAGGAAGCAACACUGCCUAGAUUCCCCUGCCCCUCCUCUCGCCUCCCGGCACACUCUGCUUCCCUGACUUUCUCACC